CUGGCAGAGGGAGAUGCGCCUCCAUCAUACGAAACCUCAAUCUUUGGCAGUAUCAAGGCAUUGAUGCAAAAACUACACAUAUUUGAGAGACACAUCCCCAAUCGCCACAAAUCACCUCGAUGGCUGGUACGGAGAGUAGAGUGGGUCGAACGUGUUCCAAACAGCAUUGAGCAAGUGGCGUAUCAGAUAGUCCAGCUGGAAAUGGCGCUGUUGUGGACUGCUGUGACAGAAGCCUGGAUCAACGAACGUGAAACAUGGCUGACGUUGGUAGCCAGUGCACGGUCCGAGCGACACUUGGCAGGAGCAUUAAUUAGUUUGGAGCGACACACGCUAGUUAUGGAUGAACAAUGGACCGAAGAGAAAGAACGUUGGGUAAACGAAUUACUGGAGAUGGUUGUACUGCCAUUAAGCCAUGGAUAAAUGUAUAUUUACAUAUAUUUGGAUUCUUUUAAACAAUUUAUAUAUCCAAUAUUCUUUUUCUUCCCCCCAUUUUUUUCACGUGCUCAUAGUUUUAUUAAGUAAAAACAUCUAUUCUCCAAU